UUGCGUUUGGGAGAGCACAAAGCCGGAUAGUCGCCAGAUGUCGGCCAGAUCACACCCAAGUCAAAGGAUCAAGUGCCGCGGAGUUUCGAUGGAAGGCAGCGUUGGUGGAAGCGCAGUGUCCAAAUUCCAAGGCGGUGAUCGAAUGGAAGUGCAGGAAAGCUUGGAGCCAACGGCGCGCCUCAGCUGCGCAGUUUGGUUGAUGCAACAGAGUUGCAGCAACACGGCGCGCCGCCCUCUCGCACGAGAUAUUAUUGAAACGCAUUGUUGAAUGAAUGGCGGAGGAGAUCGAUCUCCAGCACCUAGGCGUUGAUGACUCCUUCGCCAUCUUGUUGCACUGCUGCCAUGCCUGGAUAAUGAUGAGGCAUGUAGCAACACUCCAGCUCGGAUAAUUAUUCAUCUCGGAAGUUGAUCCAUAACAGCCAUUUCCAAAUAACUUGGAAUUUCAGAUUUGUAUCGAAAUGGAACCUAAUCCGCCCGUCUCUGCAAUAGCAAAUUUGCGCUACAGCUGGACAGGUGAAGACUGAGCUCAGUCUUCAUUUUGCCCGACUUUGAGAUGCGUCCUUCUGUGCCGUUGGUCGCCGGCGCGCUGCUGGCCGCGUCGAUGUCCGCGCAUGUCCACCACAACCACCACCACGAGCUGCACCAGCUGCACGACAUGCACGUGAUGCAGGUGCACCGCGACCUGGCGUCUUCGGGCGUGAGCUCCACCGACUACACGUGCCCUGUGUGCGGCAUGUCUACGCUGGAGAGCGGUUAUGAUAACGAGAACUACGUGGUCAUGAAACACGGCCAGAAGAUCUACUCAUGUGGCAUGGACCCGCACACCUUUGAUGCUUACAACUUCGAACUGACGGACACGGCCUACUUGGCGGCCAAUAUGGCCGAAUAUAUCGUCAACCAGACCGACGCCGACGCCUAUGCCGACUGUACGAACGCAUGCGACGAGUGCUCGGGCGGUAUCAGCGACCCUGUGUCCGGAGAUUCGGUCACUACCGACAACUACGUGUACGUGUGUCUGAAAAGAGGCCAGAAGAUCUACUUCGCGUCGCAGGACAAUAAGAACUCAUACCUUACCAGCGUCAACACGGAGCCGCGGCACUUGGUAGACAGUGUCAUUUGUGCAGGUACCACAUGCUCCGACGCCACCAACAUCACGACGCUGAGCCCUGCAGCCCAGAGCUUCGUGGCAGACUUUUCCUCCGCGAGCGCUAGCGGCACCACCGCUGCGUCCAGCGACACGACCACCGAGUCGGAUACGUCAUCGACCAGCUCGGACUUCUGUUCUGGCCAGGGAUCCGUCAUGUUCAACGGAUUCCAGACGUCGAUCCAUGGAUCGUGUGUGAUGCUGCUAUUCCAGCCAUGGGUGCUCAACAGCGGCGUCAAGUAUGCGUUCGGAUUCAUCGGUUGUUUCCUCAUCGCCCUACUGAACGAGUCGCUAGUGAAAGGACGAGAGGUGGUGCGCCAGCGGCUGCUGGUAGCACGUAAACUCCGCCCUCACGACAAACUCCACAAGAUGCAGUGCAAGGCGAUGCUGGCAGUUCUGUACAUGAUUCAGAUGACCAUCGCGUACUUUGCCAUGCUCGUCGUCAUGACCUACGAAACAGGUCUCUUUGUGGCUCUUAUUGCCGGUUUUGGUGCAGGUUUCCUGCUCUUUAAGAAUUUGGAUCAGGACAUCACAGAGGAGCGUGGAUCGUGGCGUUUCACGGAUCCGUCUACUGUUCGUAUCCAAGUGGAAGGCAUGUCGUGUAUGAAGAACUGCGGCACGACUGUGGAGAAUGCUCUGAAGAACACACCCGGUGUGACUGACGCAGUUGUGGAGUUCAACGAGCGUGCCGCCUACGUCUCCGGCUCAGCGCAGUACAACGACCUGGUGGCAGCUAUCGAAGGGGUUGGCUUCACCGCCGAAGUGAACAACGAGGCUGGACGCAACAGUAACGCCUCUCCUCGCGCUGAAUGCCGCAAGGACGUUUGAGAUCAUUCAACAUUAGAACCCAAACAAAAGGCAAGGAAGGAAACGCAAAGGGAAGUAAUUUACGUCAAUGCAGCUGAUUAUCGACUGGUGGUUGAAGCCAAAGAGGAGCGAUUUCACAUUUUUGAUACCAUACAUGUUGAAUAAUUCCUGCAAGAGGGUGCAACUUCGAAAUGUUGCAGUGAUUGUUGACAGCACCUCAAUGUGACAAAGUUGCCCCUGAUCGCCACUUUCACUGCUUUGUGAAGGGCUCUUGGAAAGUCUCGAGUAGCUGCCGCACCUUCUUGGCGCCCACGCCGGGACACAGCGACAGCUCCUCCAUCGAUGCAUUCAUGAGCCCCUUCACUGUUCCGAACGUGGACAGCAAUGUCACUACGUCUGUCUUGUUCACCGAUCGGAUGGAUGUGAGCACGUCGUUUGCUUUUGGUAGAAAUUCAGCCUCCACUUUCUCCUUGAUGAUCGUUGCCGACUUGUUCUCGUAGGCCUUGAAAGUCUCGAGAUAUCGCGCAGCUUCUAGCCAACUCCAUGCCAGCACCAGCGUAAAGUCGCUCAAAAGCGCAACGCGGUUGAUCUCCCGCAGUGCCACCUCAUUGUCGUCCACGUCCACGAAGCACAGCACGAGUUUUGUUUUAUAGCGCGUAGGAUCGUCCUUCCUCACACUCUGCACGCGUUCGUCCAGGUAAGUAUUGUGUAGUAGAUGAUACCUUACACUGAGAAACAAUACACAGCAGGAAGA